GUGACAGCUGUAACACCGCCCCUCCACCAGGGCUGCCCCGGAGUUUAAAGUUAGAGUGUGUGUCAGAGGACGCAUGCGCAGUAGCGUUCGCAAGUCGCAAUGUGGCAGACAGUACUAGGUAGACCUUGCAAACGCUUAAAUCUGCGGCAAUGCGUUUUGAUCUCUAAAGUGUGUGUCCACCAGCUGCAUAGAAGUAGCAGUGUGUUUGCAGACAGCUGCAAUGAUGGGCUGUAUCCUGGACAUAUCCACACCACCCCCAUCCAGAAAGCCCUGUUGGCUGUUGGGUCAGGUGUGGCUGCACUAUAUAACCCCUACAGACAUGACAUGGUUGCAGUGCUCGGGGAGACGACCGGACACCUAGCGUUGAUAAAUCUCAGGGACAAGAUGAGAAAUGACCCAGAAGGAUACACAAUCCUUACAGAAAGGCCCAGGAUCCGGCUGUCCACACUUGAUCUGAACGAGAUGGCCUCUCUGCCUGACGGCUCUUUUGGGAGAGAAUACCUUCGUUUUCUAGAGGACAAUCAUGUGACCCCUGACUCGAGGGCUGACGUGAAGUUUGUGGACGAUGAGGAGCUAGCUUACGUCAUGCAGAGAUACAGAGAGGUCCAUGACUUGCUGCACACCUUACUGGGCAUGCCCACCAACAUGCUGGGUGAAGUCGCAGUGAAAUGGUUCGAAGCUGCUCAGACUGGGCUUCCCAUGUGUGCUCUCGGAGCUGUGUUGGGGCCUCUUCGGCUGAAUUCAAGCCGUUUACAGUCGCUGUUCACAUCCUUGGGUCCUUGGGCUCUGCAGAAUGGUCGUCAGGCCCGCUGCGUCCUCAGCAUCUUCUACGAGAGACGAUGGGCGCAAAGCAUCGAAGAGCUCCGACAAGAGCUCAACAUAGAGCCACCUCCUGUCAUUCUUACUGCAACCAACAAUAGGAACAUCUGAGGAAGACAAAGAAAUAUGAAGAAAUGGCAGAACUUUGAAAUGUGAAUAAUUUGGAGUGAAGUAAUUUCAACUGAUCACAUCUUUGGUUCAACAGUUCAUGUUCAGUCGCCACCAGUUGUUGAGAAAGUGUGAAUUAUCAAGAAUGAAUACAUCUUAAAAAAUAUUUUAUAUAAGUUAUUAAAUACUUACCUAUAUACCGGUGUGAGCUUUGAAAAGUAAUAUUGUGUGGGCAAUAUUAUAAUUUUUAUGCCAACAUUUGGCCAGUUAAAUUGGUAUUUUUGUACCGUUUUUCUCAUUUAACACCGCUAUCAAAUUAUUGAGAAUUAGUAUUGUGUGCUCAUGCAGAAGACAUUUACGGUUAUGAAAGGAGCAGAUGUUAGUGCUCAGUCAAACAUUGCGUGCAGCUGCGUCUGUUGUCUUAUCACAUACUGUCAAUCAUGCCUCUCCUUUGACAGUAAUAGUGACGUUCCAAGGAAGUCACAGUGUGUAUUUAUUUUAGGUGUACAAGAGAUCAGAUAAAUCAGUUGAAAAAUCCCCUUUGAUAUUGUUCUUGUGAAAACCAAUUUUAGGGUUAUUUUUUUCAAAUGUGUUGAAUCCUCCGAUCAGAAAACAUGAAGGGAACCUUUCCAUUUAAAGCUGUCGCAUCAUACAUUUAGUUUAGUGUCGCUGUGCAAAUUUAUAUCUCACCAUUUUGACAGGAUAUGACAGUUACAUGUGAAAGAUUGACCACAAUGUUGAUGUGUUUCCCUCCAAAAAAAAAGGAUAAACACUCGCUAGGCCUGUUAAACUGCAGAUUAGAUUUGAUUCAGCGAGCCCUUUAAAUAGGCAAUAAUUAAGCCUUAAACACACUAGAUUUAAAUCUGAAUGGCUUUAUUGGAAGAGGUUUCUAGAGACGGUGUUUCUUUUGAAAUGUUACUCAACAUAGCACAGGAAUCACAAGAAAGAUCUGAAGUUGCUACAUUCCUGAAGAUUCCAAACGUCACUCACCCAGAAACUAUUCAAAAAAAAAAUUCUCCUUAAAGUAACAUCACAUUAUUCUUAGACAUGACCAGAAACAAAACCUUAUUUGGAUUUAAAAUACCCUGUAAUGAAUCAGUUAGGUCACUUCUUAAUCAUAGCUUUUCCCUUUCCUUCCGUUUUGUGUCAUUGCCCAUUACAUUUUUGGCACAUAGAGUUUCAGUUCUCUUCACACUUCUUACUAAGGGGUUGUUGCUCUCAUACUUCCUAAAACACAAGUGUAUUUCUUGUUAAAGCUUACUGCCAAUUGUUUUUGGCAAUGUUUAGAUCCACAAACAUUCAUUCAACAGGUACCAUGUAUGUCCUCAGUUUUCAGAGUUUUUGUGUGAUUGUAGCAGCUGUAGCUCUCCGAAGUCCUGGAGAAACAUUUUCUGAUCUGACAAAGCAUCAUCAGUUGAACACACUGCAAACAUGGAUCAUGUUUGUGAUGUUGGACAUUACUGCCCUCUAGUGGUACUUCUGAGAAGUAGCAGAGAUGUUCAGAUCUGCUCUGCUUCAAGUUUACACUUUGAUUUCCAGAUUGUCUCUUUGUCGGUUUUUUCGGACUCACAUAUUAUGAUCUUCACAUCACUAACUUAAGCUACUUUGCCAAAUUUAAAGGUUUGAAACUGUUCUUUCCAAUGGUGUUUCUAAUAGAAAGAGGAAACAUCAAAUAUCUAACAGAGUUUGAAGGAAUGGAAUUAGCUACAUUUACUCACUGUACUGUUAUUGGGUAUGCUCACUUUAUGUUACUUUAUACUUCUACUGUUUACUUAUUCUGAGGGAAAUGUUGUACCUUUUAAUCCACUACAAUUAUUUGACAGCUUUAGUUAUAGCUACUUUACGAAUAAAAAUGUUGCACAAAAGUACAGCUGAAACGAUGUUUGACAGAAAGUACAUUUAAGUGCAACAAUUGAACGCAAAAAUGCCAAACAUUUCGUGGUUCUAGGUUUUUAAUGUGAAGAUUUGCUUCUUUUCUGUCUAAUUAUUUGAUUUUUGAUCACUUACUUGGUUGAUUGAAGGUCUGGGUUUUGCUUGCAACAAAAUAACCUAUGCAUCAAAGUAUUAAAAACGUAGCUCUUAUUAAACAUGAAAAAC